CAGAAGCAGCGGUUCUGUGUGUUGCAGACUCUCGAGCAAGUGAGGCUGCUGCUAAUAUUUUUUUGUAGCACUUGAAUACAAGUCGGUCUUUCCGAACGAAGUAUCGACUCUUGACAGAGCUUGCGUUGUAUCUGAAGUGAAACGCAUCAGUGGGAAAAACAACAUGAAAAAGUUACUGAGAUGCUGAACGUUAAUCAUUACUGUUCAUUCUGCAAGUGAGGUCUGGCAGUGGGAUGGCAUCGGCGAAGGGUUUGCUGUUACUGUUGAAUGAGAGCCAGGCCGGUUUGGCAGCCGCUCAGGGGAACGGCACAGCAGACUGGGGACGAGGAGGAGGGAACGGCACAGACCAGGAGCGCCGGCACAUCUACAACUUCUACGCCAUGCUCCUCACCCUGCUCAUCUUCACCAUCGUGUUCGGGAACGUGCUGGUGUGCAUGGCCGUGUCGCGAGAGAAAGCUCUCCAGACAACCACCAACUACCUGAUCGUCAGCCUGGCCGUGGCAGAUCUCCUCGUGGCCACGCUGGUCAUGCCGUGGGUCGUGUACCUGGAGGUGGUGGGCGAGUGGCGCUUCAGUCUGAUUCUCUGUGAUGUCUUCGUCACCCUCGAUGUCAUGAUGUGCACCGCCAGCAUCCUUAACCUCUGUGCGAUCAGCAUUGACAGGUACACAGCGGUUGCCAUGCCGAUGCUCUAUAACACCCGCUACAGUUCGAAGCGCAGGGUUACGGUGAUGAUUGGAGUCGUGUGGGUGCUUUCCUUUGCAAUCUCCUGCCCUUUGCUUUUUGGACUCAACAACACAGUGACAAGGGAGGUUACGAAGUGCAGCAUUGCUAACCCUGCCUUUGUGGUGUACUCCUCCAUCGUCUCGUUCUACGUUCCCUUCAUCAUCACGCUGCUGGUCUACGUGCAGAUCUACGUGGUGCUGCGGCGGCGGCGGAAACGUGUGGCCACGCGGUGCAACAGCGCAGGAGCUGAGUCCGAACCACACCCCCCCAUCAAGAACAAAUGUACCCACCCAGAGGAUGUCCAGUUGUGCACUUUGAUUGUAAAAUCCAACACCAGCUUCCCACCCAACAAAAAAAAAGUGACCCUGGUAAAAGAGGCUGUGGUUCACCCAUCAGAGCCGGAUCGAGUUUGCUUCCUAGCUGAACCGGAGAGGACCCGACCAAAGAACACCCUCCUGGGGCUCCAGUCCGUGUCUCUGGCCCCCUCCCGGGCUCUGCCCAGCGGAGCCGGCCUGCCCUCUUCCGUGGAAGUGCCGGCUGUGCCCCCGGAACUCAACGGCCACCCCAGACUGAAGCGGGCCUUCGAGGCUCCCCGCGCCACCGGGGAUGGAAAUGAGAAACCCACACUCAAAUCAACAGUCAAGGGCCGGUUAUCCCAGCAGAAAGAGAAGAAAGCCACACAGAUGCUGGCCAUCGUCCUGGGCGUCUUCAUCAUCUGCUGGCUGCCUUUCUUCAUCACGCACAUCCUGAGGGUCCACUGCCUGCAGUGCUACAUCUCCCCAGAGCUCUACAGCACCGCCACCUGGCUGGGCUACGUCAACAGCGCUGUCAAUCCCAUCAUCUACACCACCUUCAAUGUGGAAUUCCGCAAAGCCUUCAUAAAGAUUCUGCACUGCUGAGUAAAGAGGGUCUGGAUAGAGGGUGAGGAGAAGGGGAGACACUCAGCCUGGGCUUCCCAAACCCGGUCCUCGGGACACCAGAAAUCGAAAGCUCCAGCUGAUUGAACUAAACCCUUAACUGAAUGAACAAUUUGCUUAAUUUGGCCUUUUUAAUUGUACAUUAAGUUAACCGUAAUGUUUUGAAAUCUGCAACUUUUGGGAAGCCCUGUACUCAACCCUGGAUAACUGGAUUUACCUCAGUAUUUUACGGUUAUCCCUCCCCGCUCCCCCACUUUGAAAAAUCCCAACUUGCUGUAUAUCAUGGAAGGAAUACAUUAUGUGAAGCAGCAACUGGAUAACAAAGUGUGAGAACACAGAUGUUUUAAAUAUGAAUUUGUAUAAUCAGUGCUAAAAAAAAAAUGAAAACAUUGAUUAUUCUUUUUUUAUAAAAACGCACUCCUACCCGAGACAGCGAUUUUGGAUCAAAGUGCUCACCAAGAUUUCAAAAUGCAAUGGAAAUGUGGCGGGAGUCUCAACUGAUUUCAAAGCGAGUUCAGCUCAGUCCUGCUGACAAAUGGAAACAGUGUAAGGAUUGGAACUGUUUUUGAGUAAAGGGCAGGUUUAAAUAACCCUCCUUUAAAUUAAGAAAUGCGAAUUAAAAUAAUAAUCAAACUCGUUUCUUGAUUUGCUUUCUCAACCUGAUGUAUAUAAUGAGCAUAUGUAAGCUAUAAAUAAACAAUUAUUUGUUUAGCUUAAUUUCUGUUCUUAUCAACUUGUGUUUGUUAUAUCAACAAUAUUUGUAGAUAUAACACAUUUUGUUUCAUAAAGUCGAAUGAAACCUGUGCAGACCUGAAGCCCAGUGCAUUUCGUUAUCAUGUAUUUCAACUACAGUAGAGGUAUGGAAAAGAUGGCUUGCGGCUGAAAUGUGAGAGGCUUUGACUAGCUGUGUCUCUUUGUGUGUCAGCAGUAACCCUAUGCAUUGGCCUAUAUCCAGUAUCAAAGCCUGGGCUCUCUUCUGAUGCCAUUCUUAUCUAUAAUACAGCACCUCGCUGUGUCUGAUGACUGCUCUUUACAUGACCAACCCUGGGGUGUCAACUUCUGGCAAUCCAGGGCGUCUAAGGUAUAUUACUAUCAGUGUUGGGGAUGGUACUAAAUAAAAGUAAUCUGUUAAAAAAAAAAAAUUGUAUCUAGUUCCAUUAAUAGUGCUUUGUAACUAGUUAUAGUUACACAUACAGCCAUGUGCAAAUAUAUUUGAACGCCCCGUUGCUUUUGUAGUUUUGAUUUGUUGUGCAGAUGAAAUCAAACCACUGGAACUGCAAGUCUUGUCAAAAUAGGUUAUCGGUUGUCUAAUUGAUGACUUUAAUAGGCCAGCCCUGCAAUUCAUUUAAAUAAUACGAGAAAAAGAACACCUAGUCACAUCAUGUGAACAUGCACGAGACUGUUUAGAAGUUGUUUUAAGAUGCCUAAUUAAAGCACAAAGUGGUCUAACUUUUUUUUCACGAGUGCCUGUUGCUUGCUGACCGAAAAAAUUGAAAUUCUCACACCCUGAUCAAAUUUAUGGAAUUACUGUAAUUCCUUCAAUUAAAUGCUCAGAACAACGCCCUAGUUGUAUCUUCCUGUUUGUGCCGGCCAUGAUAUGAAACAAUUAUUUAUAAUUCAUAACAGAAAAAUAGCAAUUAUUCACUGGAACAAUCUUUAAAGUGGGGGUGCUGAAAGCCACUGAACAAAACUGUAACCCCUGUAUAUGAUGGAACCCAUGCAAAGUCCCUAGUUCCAGUGCCUUUGAUUGGAACUGGUAUAUCUUUCAAGUCAGACCGAUGAUUGGAUUUGCACAGAGAGCUGUGGAUUCAUCACGAGACUGCGGAUCAGUUAGAAAACCGUGGAACUGCUAGUCACUAAAUCCACGGCAGCCAAUUGAAAACCAGCGUAGUGUUCCUAACGUGUUCUUGUAACGCAUCUUACAAAGCACUGGAAAGGAAAAGCCUUUCAGAUGCAUUGGUGGGACC